CUCCCACAUACACACACACACUGUGCUGCUGCGAGCUAGCAAGGGGCUUUAAACAGCUUCACUCUUAACAGAGACAAAGGGACGUAACGUGCCACAAUGGAGGAAAACAUGGAUGAAUCGCAGAGCCAGAAAGGCUGUAAGGAGUGCUGUGAGCGAUGUGUGGGCAGCCUGCCCUGGGCCUCCCUCAUCGCCACCAUCCUCCUCUACAUGGGCGUGGCCUUGUUCUGUGGAUGCGGCCAUGAGGCUCUGAGCGGCACCGUCUCCAUCCUCCAGAACUACUUUGAGGUCAUCAGAGCUCCAGGAGAGACGCUGGAUGUGUUCACCAUUAUUGACAUCCUGAAGUACAUCAUCUACGGCCUUGCAGCUGGCUUCUUUGUGUUUGGAGUGCUGCUGCUGGUGGAGGGCUUCUUCACCACUGGAGCCAUCAGGGAUCUCUAUGGAGAGUUCAAGAUCACCGCCUGCGGACGCUGCCUGACUGCUUUCCUGAUGUUCCUGGCCUACCUGUUCUUCCUGAUCUGGCUCGGGGUCACGGCGUUCACCAGCCUGCCCGUCUUCAUGUACUUCAACGUGUGGUCCAUGUGUCAGAACACCAGCCUGGUGGAUAGAGCCAACCUCUGCCUGGACCUGCGUCAGUUUGGAGCCGUGACCAUCUCUGAGGAGAGGAAGGUGUGCACAGGAUCUGAGAAGUUCAUAAAGAUGUGUGAAUCCAACGAGCUGGACUUGACCUUCCACCUGUUCGUGUGCGCUCUGGCGGGGGCAGGAGCUGCUGUCAUUGCCAUGGUCCACUUCCUGAUGGCUCUGGCCGCCAACUGGGGCUACUUGAAGGACGCCAGCCGGAUGCAGAAGUACGAAGACAUCAAGUCGAAGGAGGAACAGGAGCUGCAUGACAUCCACUCUACGCGCUCCAAAGAACGCCUCAAUGCCUACACAUAAACACACACCUGCAGGAAACGACACCCACACACACACUUAACCUGUCAGACACACAAUACACACACACUCGCACCCACACAGGGCCUGACACAACAACAAGGAGAAACACACAGAAUAUAAACGAGUGAAAAAACAACACGAACAUACACAUGAUGAAAAUAAAGACACAAAAAGGGAGAAAUUCAGAAACAGUGAUGAGCACAUGGAAACCAUCAUCAUCCUCAUGUCUGCUGUGGGUUAUUGGCUCAGGAGGUCUAUGCUGACAAUUCAUCAUCCCCAAAGUAUGUUUGCUUCCUUUCUGUUAGCCUGACUUUGCCCUAUUGAGUGAGAAAUAGCUCAAUCUGUUUUACAAAAACACCUGGGAAUGUUAACUUUCUAAACUUUGAAGAUUUCCCUCUAAAUUUUUUUUUUAAGUAUUUUCCAGCUUGUUUUCCCCAGUUACAGAUGCAGAAAUCUAAAUAUGCACAUAUUCUUGAUCUCUCUUGAAGUUAAACUAACAAACACACUCUUGAUGUGUUUUCCCAUAAAAGAUGGAGACAUAAAGCUUUCAAAAAAAGACUUCUCUGCUUGCUCCCACAAGUCCCUGAGUACAUUUGAAGAGCACAGCUGGUAUUAAAGUAUCUAUGACUGGCCUAGCAUGUGUAAAACAGCACAAGAAACAUGCAGAAUUAUACCAAAAAAAGACAAAUAAUGAGCAGAAGAACCCAAAGAAAUUUUGACUACUUUCUGUUGCCCGUUAAGUUUCUCCUCCUCUGUGCCAGUUUUUCCAGCUUUAACCCGUCAGCCCGGCACGCCAAAGCCAAAACUCUCCAGCAGACGUCUGAAUGGAUUUGGUGUCUGUGUUGUCAUCAUUGACGAGGGGGGGGCGACGUCGCUGUACCCCCCUCUGCAGUACACACAUCACACAUCACACUCACACACUCACACAUAGAUGUGGCUGAAUGGUCGGUGUUGUUCAGGCAGUGUUGUACGGUGGUGUCAUGCUGUGUCGUGUCGUUUCGCCACAUUAUGAUGACUGGUACUGCAGAGAAAAACGGUCCCCGAGGAUGUGCGUACCUCCCCGGGUGCAAAUGGGUAGCUUUGCUAACUUUUCUCCCCCCCCGCCUCUUCUCUCUCUCUUUCUCCCUUCCUUUCUCCUCAAACCCUCUUUCUCUUCCUUCUCCUCUUCUCUGCGACCUCUUCAUCUCGAGCCUGGUUUCAUGAGUUCUACAGAAGUGGCCUGAGGUUUGCUGUAUUGAUCUCUGAAUUGACAAAAUAUGCAGAUAAAUUGAUGUCAAAUUCUAUUUGUUCCCAAACUCCCCUCUGAUUUGGCUCUAUUUGUACUGUAUCUCACAGGUCGGGCUGGCCGAGCUCUGGACUUUCACAAUAAAAGCACUUAAGAUGGCAGAAGGCCAUUCAAAGCAACUCAUGAAACUGGGCUCUGCUUCCUCCCUUCUUCAUCCCUGAUUUGUAUAAACUUGUGAUUUGUCCUCAGAAACAGCACAUCUUAGCAGCACAAAGUCUUUUUAACGUGUGUCAUGUUCUCAUCAGUCUGAUAAAAAAUGUUUUUUCUCACUUUUUGGAAUUUUGCCACAUUUUUAUCAGUAUUAUUUAUGUGUAACUUUAGCAUUGGGACGAGGGUGGGGGAGGUAUUUCAAUGGGACGGGGUCGGUUGUAACGAUUUCACAUUUUCUUGUGAUGAUUCUGUAUUUCAGUGGUUCUGCACACACAGACAAACACACAGACACAUACACAUGCGUAUGCACCAAUCAUAUUGAGAAUUUUUCAUUGUCAUGUUUAUGUUUUUAUAUCUUUCUUUCUACUAGCCCUAAUGUGACCAAAACUCCAGUUCAUAUAUAAGCUGAAUUAACACACUGAUACUGAUAUCAAGGUGUCAUUGGUGACAGAAACAGAUGAGUACUGUGAAUCUUAGGACGUGGUGAAGGCUGAGCAGGAUGACUUUAAAGGUGGAGGAUCUGACUCCUACCAGGUGCUGAAGGGUUUCAUAUGGACAGGUGUGACGGAUCAGAGUGAAUUUAAAAGAACGGAAAAGGUUAAAAAAACAAGUAAGGGAGACAAACUCACCACUGUUUGCUGCAGGGAUUCAACUAGAGUUGUGUUUUUGGGAAAGAGGACAGAGAUGAAUGACGUUCCAGGUGAUAAGCUCGAGGUUUAGAGAUGAUUUGUGCUACCGGAGAGUCAAACAGUGUUUGUAUUUGGUAUCUCAGUUUUCUCCUCAGGUGCUUCUUUAUUGGACGCUGUAUUCAUUUUGUUAAAAAAAUUAUUUUGAUUCCAAUUUUUGCCCGUGGAUCAGAGAUCAACAGCUAUUAUUUUUCUAAGAUUUCAAAUAGAAAGUCUUUAAAUGAACUGCUAACAGUGUGCAGGGCUGUUCUGUUUGGUUUUAUUUGUUUCACUAUGUUGAGCCAUUAGAAUGAAGGCAUGUUCAAACCAAAAGUGAAGGGAAUUUGAGCAACCAGACAAGAUAGAUGCAAUAGCAUGUAAAAACUGAUGCAUAGAAAAAAAGUUUUUUGCUACAUUUCUAUGCCAGGCACUAAAAUGAAAACAUUUCACAUGAAAUUGUUUAUGUGCCCAGUUCAAUUUUUGGAUUUAGUUACUGGUUACUGGGUAAUUUGGCCAACUGGCGAUGGACUGAAGUAAAAAAUGGCAAUUGUGAAACUGUAAAGGACAUCACAGCAUCAUCUGCGUAUAAACAUACUCUUCCUCAUAUUUUCAGUGUUUAUAGAGCUUGGUUGACUCAGUUUCCUCCUAUUUACUGUAGUUUUUUUUUAGCUGAUUUGGUGCUGUGUUUCAAUCACAAGUUUAUUUUCAUAAUUUUGGUUUGUCACUUAAUGGUUAAAACCAGUUUCAGCAGGCGUAAUACCUGAGAAGGCAAGUUAACUUCUUUCACAUUUGAUAUAAAAUGUGGUCUAUAAAAUUUAGCCUUUUUAUUGUUAAAUAUUCAAGGCAUUGUGCAUAUUUGGCAAGUUGCAUUUUCAAUUCGGUUAGUGGUUAAUUUGCCAAUUGAUUAUGUCCUGAAGUAAAACAUGGCAAUUAUGCAAUGGUAAAGACAUCACAGCAUCAUCUGCAUAUAAUCAUACUCUUGCUCAUAUUUGCAGUGUUUAUUGGGCAAAUUUUUAAAUUCUUGCAAAUCUAAUAUAAAGUGGUCUAUGAAAUGGAGCCAUUUUUUUAGUAUUUUAGGCAUUUAUUUGACUAGUUAGAUAAGAAGCCCUUAUAUUUUGAGAUUGAAGUCCUGGCGUUGUAUCAGGCAAAAUAGAUCCAAAAUCCAUUAAAAAACAAGUGUUUUCGAAGUUGUUGACUUGCCAAAUCACCCAAACUAGGCAUAGAUUUAUUCUUAUUACACAUCUGCAUCAUGAUGCUAUCCUGGCAUCCUUCUGGCCUAUUCUCUGCAGUUAAACUGGGUUCAAACUGAUGUUAAGACACCAGAUUGCAGCAAAUGCUUAGUUUGUAGACCUAGGGAAAUGUGACGUUACUGAUGGUGGUUAUCUGAAAGAGAAUUUUUGUAGUUUGUGUAUAAAGAAUGAAAAUAAACUCACACUUUUGUGAGUAAAUUGGGGCGAAAACUCUCUUCACUUUUGCUGUGAACACGCCUCAGUGGGUCGUUUGUCCUGUCCUGGUUUAACUGUGAAGGAAAGUGACGAUUCUCUAUCUGCCAGUAGAGACGACUGAGAGGGAACGACUGUUGUGCUGAUGAUGAUGACGAUGGUGAUGAUGAUGAUGGUGAUAGUGGUGAUGAAGAGUUUGAUCUGAUGAGACUACCAGCACACAUGAAAACACACACACACACACACACACACAUACAUAUGCAAACAAACACACACGCCACCACCGCCGCCAUCACUCUGAGCCAUAAUUCUUUGCUCUUUUACUUUUCACCGAUUACAUUUCACUAUUUUAUUAUCAACUUUUAGAACUUUUUAAAUGUGAAAUCAUUUAAUUAGGAAAAAAAGAAAUGUGUUUUUAUUUUAUUUUCUCUUUAUUUUUGUGGGCAGUAUUAAAGCACUGUACCUACAUUAACUCUGUAUAAAGAUAUACAUAUAUGUGAAACAGUCGAGGUGAGCAGCCGGGAGAAUGAUUUCCUAUUGGUUACACAGUCUGGAGGAGGUGGUUCAGUCCCAAUGUCCUGAGCUAAAGCUCCCAACAGAGCUGCAUUUACUAAAACACAAAGGACGGCAGGUUUCAACUCAACUGUUGUUUUAAGAAGGGGGAAAAGAUCAUUUAAUGGCAGUCGAUGUUGCCCGCAAUUCAUGCUGUGUCUGUGUAAAGAGGAAAUGUUAUGUGGCAAUUUGAAAGUAGCAGGAGAUUACAAAAAAUUUUAAUUUUAUUUGAGUAAAAAUGGCAAUUAUUCAAAGGUUAAAAAACAUCAUGGCAUCAUCUGCGUAUAAGCAUAUACUUCCUAAUAUCUGCAGAGUUUUUAAGGCUCUGGUGAAAGUUUUCUGGAUUGUGGGUGAGUUAAAAUUUAUUUUUGCAUAAAAAUUAAGUUUAUGAGACUGAGCCUUUUCAUAGUUAAAUAUUUCAUGCAUUGUGCAUGUUUUCUUUUCUAAAUUAACUCUAAAAACAUUCCAAGCACCCUGUGCUGUGCUACAAAGUACCCUUAAGGCCCAUUUAUACUCCCUUUACGCACGAAAAUGUAUACGUCCUUUUCAAACGAUGUUACCGUCACUGCUCACAUACUUCCAUGCGUUCUUUAUGUUGGCAUGGAUGUUAACCAAUACUUCCACCAGGGGGGCAGCCCAGAGUCAAAAGUUAAUGACAACAACAAACUCAAAAACAAACAUGGCGACUGUGGAGGAGAUAUUGAUAAUGCACCUCUUCCAUAAAAGACAAAAACAGAGGCAGGGUUUCUAACCAACUCGCACAACUUUUCCUCAAAAUGUUCCGCCGUUGUUAUUUCUUCUUCGUGUUUUACUAGAGCUACGUAUCGGGUAGUGACAGCAACAUUGCCCCCACGGUUUCAGGUGGUACUGAUCAGUUUGGUCCGUAUCCGUAAGCUUUAUGGAAACGUGCAGAAAUACAGAGGAAAUGAACGCAGAGCACGGACAGAAGGCUCCGUCUGUAUCCAGAUCCGUAUUUAACGUUGAGCAUAAAUGGGCCUUUAGAGGUGCCAGUGACUCUAAUUCAAGAAAAAAAUCACUUUAAAAGGUAAGAAUUGUCAGAAAAUGGGGCCUCAGCCUUCAAUAAAGAAGGAUACAAGUAGCUAAUCAGAUUUCUAGAUGGUUUAAAUCUGACGAAAUGUCAUGAAGUAAAGGUUUCAUACGACUGCAGAGACAGAUAGAAACAAGGUUGUUAGAUCUAACUGGGACCAAAUUUUCUCCACUGAUAUUUUGGUUAGCAGAGUUUAAAUCUGGUUCUAUGUGUUGUGUAAAUGCUGCUCAUUUGACCCAAAUGUACCAUCUGUGUCGAUGCAGGGAGACUCCCUCAGACCUGUGUCCUGUUCAGGUGCGUCUCGGCUGCAUACAGUCAGUAUUUUUAAGGGUCUAGUUUUACAGUAACAGUAUUCUAUCAUUUCAUUGCCUGACAAUGGAUGUCAUGUCAGUGUUUUUAACCUCAGAUAAAAGAAAAAAAUAGUUUUUGUGCACUUAUUGACCAUUGUGAGCUCUCUCUCUCUCUCUUAUUCUUGGUGUGUAAGUGCAUUGAGCUCCCCUCAGAGGGAUCUGUGUAUAGUCUUGCAGCAUUGGUUAUAACCUGAAGAAAUAACGAUGAUGAAAACGAAUGAAUUCAUAAUAAUGAAGAUAAUCUUAUUCUAGGUUUAAAAAACAAAAAAAAGAAAAAGAAAAAAAAAGACAGUGAAUCUAGUUGUUGUUUGUGGCAUGGUUAUGCAUUCAAUGGUCAUAAUUUUAAUGAUUAAAACAAUACAAAAAAAAGUCAUUCUUUUCCACUGGCGCUGUUCUGCUGUUUUUGUUUUGUUCUCACCUUUUCAGUGUGCAGUAUUGCGGUUCCUGUUGCUAAUGGUGUUGCUAAGCUAGCUUGCUCGCUCAGUUGUUUACCACCAGAGCAAUAUAUUGUAGCAGAAAUCAAACACGAAGUCCGUGCAUUCCUGGCAUUAAAGUGCAUGAAUCUAAGGUUGCAAGUCUUAAGUGGUUUGACCAUGGUGUUCUCUAUUGUUUCUCCUAAUAAAGCGGAUUUGCAGAUGUGGUGUAAUGUAUUGCUCUGGCCAUCCCCCCGCCCCCACCCCCUCCCCUCUUCAUCCUGCAGCCACCUCUGCUCACGUCGUCUUCCUCGCUUUGUCUUUUUAAGCUGCAGUCACACCACGGCUCUGAGUGCUUCUGCGUUUAAAAGUGACUCAUGUCUGAUUUCCUGUGUGCUGGAAACAGCCGGCAUGUGCAGGAGUCACUGAUGCAUAAGUAAAGCGCCAUGUUACCAAGCAACAAGCAGUCUGUCCAGCUCACACGGCCAAAUCACCAUCUGUAAUGAAGGCCGAGUAAUAAUUCAGGGCUGCAGCAUCACAUAAAAGGUGGAGAGCAAUGACUGGACAGGGAAUGAUAUCGCAGUGCAUCCUAAGGUAUGAAAAAGAUGAAAAUAUGUUCCAGGUGGAGUGACUGAGCUUAAAUUUGAUCCAGCAGCAGAAAAAAGAUCAGAAAAGACGCUGCUGCCGCUGUGAGGAGGAGGACGUGAGCCGCUCGCUCUCCAUUUGUUUACGUCUCCUCAUUUCCCUUCGUCGUCUCCUUGUAAAGAUGAUUUUUAAGUAUUGAGUCACACUAAUCCUGCGUCCUUCUUGUCUACCCACUGACCACGGCUGAACAUGGACUCACUUUACCAUCCCACCAUCCUGGCUGCACGCUUUUCAGUGACAAAAAGACCAUGUCGGCGUUAAUAAAGCAUGAAUUUCAAUAAGAAGAAAUCUGAUUUGCAACCCUGUGUGAGGAAGGUUUGAUCUGUUUUUGACUGUUUUUGCAGCUCUGUAUCACAGGAUGAAAAAUCAGAUCCACUGUGCCUGAAAUAAUUCAGCUCUAAAAUCGAUGAUGUCAAACCGAUCAUCGCCUGUUUCAGAUCCAUGCGUUGUGUCAGGUUGGACAUUUUGGACGUUGGGAGUAGUUUUUCUUUCUUUUUUUUUUUUUGUUUUUAUUUUCUGUUUCUCCAUAGUAUUUUAGACUUUUUGUACUCCACUCUGGUUGCUUAGUAGCAGGCUUUAUCUGAUUCACUCCUCCAUUUUUGUACAUAUCUGUGCCAACAGCUUGGGCAGACAGUGGCUUUUUUAUUUGUAAAGACAUAAACUUGCUUGCAUAUAUAAAUAAAAUGAAAUAAUACACUUGUGUACUUGUUAAU